AUGGCCACAGUGAGGCGCAUUCACCACAAGAAGGAUGACAAAGAUGACCACCAUCUGCAUCACCCACAUGUGGAUCAUCAUGAAGCGCAUGAUCAUAGGGAUCACAAGGACAACGAGAAGCAUGAACAUGACAAACGCAAGAAGGAAUAUCGUAAUGAGCAUGACCAUGACGAGCACAAGGAUCACAAAGGGCACGACGAUGACAAACAUAAGCAGCAUCACGAGGUGCAUGACGAUGAGAAACACAAGAAGGAUCAUAAGACGAAGGAUCAUAAGACUAAGCAUGACGACGACAAACACGAAAAGCAUCAUAAAGAGCAUGAUGAUGACAGACAUAAGAAAGAACACAAGGAUCAUCAUGAUGAGAAACACAAGAAGGAUCAUAAUGAGCAUCAUGAUAACAAACAUGAGCCAGCUCACAAGAGGCACGAUGAUGACCAUUAUAAGAGGGAUCAUAAGGAGCAUGAUGGCCAUCAUUAUUGA